AUGGAGAACGUUUUUACUGUGUCAUCAGAUCCUCAUCCCCCUCCUGCAUCCCCUCCUUCACUUUCUUUAUCUUCAUCUUCUACCUCAUCUGGGACAAAAAAACAAAAGAGGACCCCCAUGUAUCAGAGAUCUAUGAGCUUUGAUCCAAACCUUCUCCACAACAAUGGACACAAUGGGUACCCCAAUGGUACUUCAGCAGCACUGCGAGAAACAGGGGUUAUUGAGAAACUGCUAACCUCCUACGGAUUCAUUCAGUGUUCAGAACGGCAAGCUAGACUCUUCUUCCACUGUUCACAGUACAAUGGCAACCUGCAGGACUUAAAAGUAGGAGAUGAUGUUGAGUUCGAAGUAUCAUCUGACCGGCGGACUGGGAAACCCAUCGCUGUUAAGCUGGUGAAGAUAAAACAAGAAACCCUCCCUGAAGACCGAAUGAACGGACAAGAAGUGUUUUAUCUGACUUACACCCCUGAAGACGUGGAAGGGAAUGUUCAGCUGGAAACCGGAGAUAAAAUAAAUUUUGUAAUUGAUAACAAUAAACACACUGGUGCUGUGAGUGCUCGGAACAUUAUGCUGUUGAAAAAGAAACAAGCCCGCUGUCAGGGAGUAGUUUGUGCCAUGAAGGAGGCGUUUGGCUUUAUUGAAAGAGGUGAUGUUGUCAAAGAGAUAUUCUUUCACUACAGUGAGUUUAAGGGUGACCUGGAAGCCUUACAGCCUGGAGAUGACGUGGAAUUCACAAUCAAGGACAGGAAUGGUAAAGAAGUUGCAACGGAUGUCAGACUAUUGCCUCAAGGAACAGUCAUUUUUGAAGAUAUCAGCUUUGAACAUUUUGAAGGAACUGUAACCAAAGUUAUCCCAAAAGUUACCAGUAAAAACCAGAAUGACCCACUGCCGGGGCGCAUUAAAGUUAACUUUGUGAUUCCUAAAGAACUUCCCUUUGGAGACAAAGAUACGAAAUCCAAGGUGACCCUGUUGGAAGGCGACCAUGUUAGGUUUAAUAUUUCAACAGAUCGACGUGACAAAUUAGAACGAGCAACCAACAUAGAAGUUCUAUCAAAUACAUUUCAGUUCACUAACGAAGCCAGAGAAAUGGGUGUGAUUGCUGCCAUGAGAGAUGGUUUUGGCUUCAUCAAGUGUGUGGAUCGCGAUGCUCGCAUGUUCUUCCACUAUAGUGAGAUUCUGGAUGGGAACCAGCUCCAUAUUGCAGAUGAAGUAGAGUUUACUGUGGUUCCUGAUAUGCUCUCUGCCCAAAGAAAUCAUGCUAUUAGGAUUAAAAAGCUUCCCAAGGGCACGGUUUCAUUCCAUUCCCAUUCGGAUCAUCGUUUUCUGGGCACUGUAGAAAAAGAAGCCACUUUUCCCAAUCCCAAAACCACUAGCCCAAGUAAAGGCAAGGAGAAGGAGGCUGAGGAUGGUAUUAUUGCUUAUGAUGAUUGUGGGGUGAAAUUGACUAUUGCUUUUCAAGCCAAGGAUGUGGAUGGAUCUACUUCUCCUCAAAUAGGGGAUAAGGUGGAGUUUAGUAUUAGUGACAAACAGAGGCCUGGACAGCAGGUUGCGACCUGUGUGCGACUUUUAGGUCGAAAUUCUAACUCCAAGAGGCUCUUGGGUUAUGUGGCAACUCUGAAGGAUAAUUUUGGAUUUAUUGAAACAGCCAAUCAUGAUAAGGAAAUCUUUUUCCAUUACAGUGAGUUCUCUGGUGAUGUCGAUAGCCUGGAGCUGGGGGACAUGGUCGAGUACAGUUUAUCCAAAGGCAAAGGCAACAAAGUCAGCGCGGAGAAAGUCAACAAGACGCACUCGGUGAAUGGUAUUACGGAAGAAGCAGAUCCUACCAUCUACUCUGGCAAAGUCAUUCGCCCCCUGAGAAGUGUUGAUCCAACACAGACUGAGUACCAAGGGAUGAUUGAGAUCAUGGAGGAAGGGGACAUGAAAGGUGAGGUCUAUCCGUUUGGUAUAGUUGGAAUGGCCAACAAAGGGGAUUGCCUGCAGAAAGGGGAGAGUGUCAAAUUCCAAUUGUGUGUCCUGGGCCAAAAUGCACAGACUAUGGCUUACAACAUCACACCUCUGCGUAGGGCCACUGUGGAGUGUGUGAAAGACCAGUUUGGCUUCAUUAACUAUGAAGUUGGGGAUAGCAAGAAGCUCUUUUUCCAUGUGAAAGAAGUUCAGGAUGGCAUUGAGCUACAGGCUGGAGAUGAGGUGGAAUUCUCAGUGAUUCUUAAUCAGCGCACCGGCAAGUGCAGCGCUUGUAACGUUUGGCGAGUCUGCGAGGGCCCCAAGGCCGUUGCAGCUCCAAGACCUGAUAGGUUGGUCAAUCGCUUGAAGAACAUCACUCUGGACGAUGCCAGUGCUCCUCGCCUAAUGGUUCUCCGCCAGCCAAGGGGACCAGACAACUCAAUGGGAUUUGGUGUAGAAAGAAAGCUCCGUCAGGCUGGUGUCAUUGACUAA